AGCGUGCGCGGAACCACACAGGCAGCAUUUUAAACUUGUGCUGGAGACUGUUGUCAAAGGACGAGGUAACGCUGCGGGUGCACACGCCUGGAGAGGCUAGAAAAUACAAGUUUUAAUGUUAGCAGGAGAGUUUUAGAGUUAGAUUAGUUUUUAUUCGUGUUUGGAUGUGAUUUCAUGUUUUUUAGUUGGCGUAUAUGAGGACUUCGGAAACGACUUUCGGCUAUUACGCGUUGCUUGGUAAGGGUCUGAGUCAGGCUGAACGCGCAUUCACCACGUAAUCUGAGAUAAGAUAGGGUUUUAAAGUUUUAAUUAUUAGUAAAAAGGAGUAAAAAGGGUAGUUUCGAGAUGAGUGCAGGCGUCGCGAAGCCCAGUUCAGCAGCCGCACAUGGCGACCCUAAAUCGGCUCCGCUCAAAGAGAUCCCCGACAUCCUGGUGGACUCCCGGACCAUGCGCCGCUAUUCCAGAGGCCGCUUCCUGGGCAAGGGAGGCUUCGCCAAGUGCUUCGAGAUCACGGACCUGGAGAGCAAGCAGGUGUUCGCCGGCAAGAUCGUGCCCAAAGCCCUGAUCCUGAAGCAGCACCAGCGGGAGAAGAUGAGCUCCGAGAUCGCCAUCCACAAAAGCCUGAGCCAUCCAAACGUGGUGGGCUUCCAUGGGUUCUUCGAGGAUGACGACUUCGUGUUCGUGGUGCUGGAGCUGUGCAGGAGACGGUCCCUGCUGGAGCUACACAAGCGCCGCAAGGCCGUGACGGAACCUGAGGCCAGAUACUUCAUGAUGCAGCUGCUGAAGGGAUGCCAGUACCUCCACAACAACCGCAUCAUCCACAGAGACCUCAAGCUCGGAAACAUUUUCCUCAACGAUGACAUGGACCUCAAGAUCGGGGACUUCGGACUGGCCACAAAGAUCGAGUUUGACGGUGAGAGGAAGAAGACUCUGUGUGGAACCCCAAACUACAUCGCUCCUGAAGUGCUGUGUAAGAAGGGCCACAGCUACGAGGUGGACGUGUGGUCACUAGGCUGCAUACUGUACACGCUGCUGGUGGGCAAGCCUCCAUUUGAGACGUCCUGUUUGAAGGAGACCUACAACCGCAUCAAGAAGAACAACUAUACCAUCCCCUGGCACAUCAACCCUGCGGCCUCGUCCCUGAUCAAACGCAUGCUGCACGCAGACCCCUCCCAGAGGCCCACCGUCACAGAGCUGCUCACAGACGACUUCAUGGUGUCCGGGUACUUGCCCAUGCGCCUGCCCACCACCUGUCUCACUGUGCCCCCCCGCUUCUCCAUCGCCCCCUCCACCGUGCCCGAGCUGCAGAGCCAGAGACGCCCGCUCACCGCCAUCAACAACAAAGCAGGGACGGAGAAAGUGGAGGUGAAAGAGGAGCAGCCCCAAAAAGAGUCAGACCAGGACUCACACCUGAGGGACCUGCUGCAGCAGAUCAUCGGCCUGAUGUCCACCAAGCCUUCAGACAGGGCCAACAUCAAACAAGAGGAGGCUGAGGACCCCGCCUGCAUCCCCAUCUUCUGGAUCAGUAAAUGGGUGGACUACUCUGAUAAAUAUGGUCUGGGUUAUCAGCUGUGUGACAACAGUGUGGGCGUGCUGUUUAAUGACUACACUCGUCUGAUCAUGUACGCCGACGGAGACAGUCUGCAGUACAUUGACAAGACCGCGGCUGAGUCCUUCCUCAGCGUGCGCUCCUACCCACAGGCUUUAAACAAAAAGAUUACACUGCUGAAAUACUUCAGGAACUACAUGAGCGAGCACCUUUUGAAGACUGGAGCCAACAUGGCGCGGCGGGAAGGCGAUGAGCUCGCCCGGAUGCCCUACCUGUCCCUGUGGUUCAGAACGAAGAGCGCCAUCGUCCUGCACCUUACCAACGGCACCGUACAGAUCAACUUCUUCCAGGACCACACCAAGAUCAUCCUGUGCCCGCUGAUGGGCGCCGUCACGUACAUCGAUGAGAAGAAGGACUUCCGCACGUACAAGAUGUCCCUCCUGGAGGAGUACGGCUGCUGCAAGGAGUUGGCCAGCCGCAUUCGCUACGCUAAGUUAAUGGUGGAGAAACUAAUUGACAGCAAACCGUCGGCCGCCGCGCAGUAAACCCCGCCCCCUCAGUUUUAACGCACAGAGCUCCCACCUGUACAGUUUAGAUUAGGGACGCUCUGCUUUUAUAUUGUUGAAGUGAAUUUCUAUAUUUAAUUUGUACUGGCGCCCUCUUGUGUUCAUGUGUGUUGUCGCCACGGUGUUCACAGGGAGUUUCACCCACUGAUUUUUAUGCCAAAUGUUUGAUGAAACACUUCUCCCGUUUUUGUGUCCGUCUGUAGACCUUUUCUGUCUUAUGUCCAUUCUCUGUGAUAGUUUUCCAUGUCUUCUCAGCACUGUACAGCUCUGUACAUACUUCUGGAUCCACACCCACAUGUAAAGAUGUCCGUCAAGUUUAAAUAAAGUUUCUACCAGACAUCA